AUGCAGACUCAUAAGGCUAAGGUCAGCUGGGAGGAUCUCUGUAUUCCGAAGGAAGAGGGAGGUUUGGGUCUGAGAAAGCUUCAGGAUUCAUCUAAAACUUUUGCGCUGAAACUCAUAUGGAGGCUAUUCACGCAACCUUUGUCUCUUUGGGUUAGUUGGGUUAAUCACUAUCUGCUCAAAUACAACUCUUUCUGGGACGUGCGUGAUGAUCAAAAAAGCUCGUGGAUGUGGAGGAAGCUCUUGAAGCUGAGGGAUUUGGCUCAUGAGUUUAUGAAAGUGGAGGUUCGCGAUGGGAAAACUUGCCAUUUCUGGUUUGAUGAUUGGUUAGGUAUGUGGCGUUUGAUUGCUAUUACAGGGGCCACUGGCACUACCUAUAUGGGGGUAAUGCGCCAUGCUAAAGUCUGUGAUGCUGUGACAGAGGAAGGAUGGAGUAUCAGAGGUCAUAGAAGUUGCCAUUUUCAUGACCUGCAUAAUAGUAUUAUGGCCGCGGAGCCUCCAAAGUUGGAGAAAGGAAGUGACAUUUGCUUGUGGAAGCAUGGAGAUGAUGACUACAGAUCAACUUUCUCUUCAACUCGAACUUGGGAUCAGCUUAGAGUUAAGAGAAGUAAAGUGGAGUAG